AUGAUCCAAGCACACUCAUCUCCCGCACCCAUAUCAUUCCCGUCUAUCGUCUAUAAAGCAGAUGUCGGAUCGUUCCCAGCCUCCCACCAUCUCCUGUCACGCUCCCUCCUGUUCACGCUCCACGCCUGUGGCAACGAGAUCGUCAUUCUCAUCCUCAGCCACCGCCACCCACCCAACCUCGUCGCUGUCAACGGCCCAGGCCCUGCCACUGCGGGCUCAGCCCUUCGCUCCAACGGGCGGAUCCAAACCGUACUCAUAUGCGUUGGGUCUGGCCCAAACGGCCUGGGUCUGUACCAGAAGCAGGCCGACUUCGCCCACUUCUGGAACCUCUUCGAGAUGACCUGGUCUGCGAUAUCGGGGGGUUUAUCUCCCGAAAUGCGGGGAUUUGACCGCCCUGCUCUGCUGGCUCUCCCGUUGGUGCAGGACACGUUCUGCACAUACUUUGAGGCUUUGUUCUCGUGGUUGACGCCCGCAGAGCAGGACAACUGGGCCAAGUGCUUUGAGGUCAAGUGGAUGGUCACGAUCGUCCAGCCAGGCGGGCAGCAGGCGUCUUUGGAGGAGUGCGCGUUCCUCAUCGCGUGCGGUGAGGCUGUGUGCAACGAGCGCCAACGCGCCAAGCUCGGCGUAUGGCCUAUCUACACAUGGCCCACUUUCACUUGUCCUCGUAUGGCGCGACUUGGGGGAACACAGGUUCAUUGGCUAUACCAGCGCAUCGGAGUUGCCCAAUUCCACCAAGACUACUUUAGCCGACUGGCUCAGUUUUGA